AUGCAAUGGGUGGCAGAUGUGGCUCGAGUGCCUGUGGAUGACACAGGCUCUUCUCCAGAAGUUUGCAUCAUUGAGCUAGGUGGUACGAUUGGGGACAUUGAGUCGAUGCCUUUCGUUGAAGCUUUUCGACAAAUGCUAUUCCGUGUGGGCAGCUCAAAUUUUUGUUGCGUACACGUAAGUCUUGUACCGCAGCUAUCCACCGUUGGGGAGCCGAAGACAAAACCAACUCAAGCAUCAGUCCGUGAACUUCGAGCCUGCGGUCUGCAUCCGGAUCUGCUGAUGUGUCGGUGCACUUCACCACUCCCGAAGAAUGUCAUAGACAAGAUCAGUUUGUUCAGUCAAGUCCCAACAGAUCACGUGAUUACUGUGGUCGAUGCGCGCGAUCUAUACGAAGUACCAAUUCUUCUAGAUAAACAGAAGCUGUGUGAUCUUUUGCUCAAUCAUUUCAACCUGAGUCCAAAGUUGAAAGUGGAGUAUCCGAUACUGGGGAAAUGGAAAGCACUCACCCGGCGCUUGCAAGGUGCAUCCAAAACUAUUCAAGUGGCUUUGGUUGGCAAGUAUACCAAACUGAAUGACGCCUAUCUCUCAGUGUUGAAACCAGCCCCGUGUCAGCGCAUUCGACCUUGGAAAGCUGCCAGGUGUCGCGUUUACACUUGA